AUGCAAUUCGCGCCGAUUCUCAUGUGCCUCUCAAUGUUGACGAUCGCCGCAUUCGCAUUCCCAUAUUCGGGAUUGGCGAGCAAAUCAAUCGAUUCGCGCGCGACACGUCUUCGAUUCUCCGACGGACCAUCUCCUCAAGGCGCGAUUCCUCCGGCUGCAACUGGACAAAGGUUUGGUGUAGUAUUCAGGGACUCGGUAAAUCCUCAACUGCACUUUGGCGCAAGUUCGCCACUCAUUGUGUUCGACGGUCGCCUCUACAAUCUGGCAGGACUCGUCUGA